GGUGGAUUUCACGACUUUGGGCUGUGGUAUGCCGGGGAGGCGGAGCAGAGGCAGCCGAGUGCGGCGAGGGCGUAUCUGGCGGCGCUGAUGCGGUAUUUUGAGGAGGUGGUCUGUCAGGAUGAAGUUCUCGAUGACGGGGAGUGGGAGGUGAGGUAUACCUUGCGCUCAGUGGAGGAGCACGACUUUAAGGACCUCCUACAGAGAUCAGGGUGUCCACUGGGAGAGGUGACUGUAGAGGUGGUUGAACGCUACGAUAUCUCCCCGACAAGUUUGGGAGUACCGGGGGGUGCGGCAGUUGUUCCCGCAAACAAGUACAUCGGUUUCGGGCGGUCGGCCACCCAGGAGGAGAUACAUGUCGGCUCGUCGCCCGAGGCGUGUCCCGCCGUGCUCGUCACAUCGCCGUUGAGGGAUGAUGGUCAGGUCCUGGUUGUCAGGGGUGCCCAGCCGAUGGUCAAUAUCACGGGUCAACGUCGGGACAUUCAAGUUGAAGACAUAUCAGCGCCCGACGGCGGUGACGCAGCAUGGCAGGAGAGGACUAUGCUGUUCAUGGAUGCGCUCGAGUUGGACAUGGCCGAGGCCGGGCAGUCGCUCCCUGACCUGCUCCCUGGGAACUUGGACCGUGAGCUCAGGAAGGCAUACACAGCUUUCUCUUCCAACUCGUUCCGAGAAAUUCGAACUGGGCUCUGGGGCUGUGGGGCUUUCUGUGGUGACCCUGGAAUCAAGAUGUUGCUGUUGUGGCUCGCUGCCUCGCUGGCCAAUGUCAAGCUGGUGAUUAUCGUCGACAGAGCUGGCAUUGAGUUUGCCGAGAAGUUUCAGUGCGCGAUGAGAGAGGUCAAAAGGUCGGUUCGCGACACAGUCGCUCUCCGCCAGCUGCUAGAUCGAGUCCCAGAAUCCCUAGACAGGGGUCAGACUCUGUCUUGGGUGAUAGAGCGACUGGAGCAGCAACCAUCGGUUGGCUAGUACGGGUGAGACUUCUUACAGUGCGGUCUAGUCGGAGAGACAGCCGCAACGGCCGCGGCAAUCAGGGCCCCUAGACUAGGCCUCUCCACCUGUACGUACUCAACCUUGAUAGCUCCCAUUGUCCCUGGGACCAUGUCCCCAU